AUGAAUUUCCAGGACGUCUACACGCGCCAGCAGGCGCAGGACGUCGCCCCUCCGCCUCGUCUUAUCACGGACCAGGACCGUGCGGAGCACACUCGGCGGCAGCGCCGCCUCCUCAUCGCCGAGGAGGACGAGCGAGGCAUGGUGGAGUGGCGUCGGCGCCACCCGGAGGAGGUCGCCAACGAGCAAGCCUACUGGGCGGAGAGGACGGCAAAGCGCCGCGCGGAUCGGUUGGACAGGCGUCGGCGGAAGGCCCUGGCGCUAUCGCAGUGCGAUAUCGUUGAAGCAGGUGGGCAGUCGAUCUUUACGGCUAAUGAUCCUCGUUGGGACGACAUGUGGCUCGAUACCUCGGACCAGACCAGCGAGGAUGAUGAUGAUUAUGACGACCGGGAGUAG